GCGCGCGCGCCCCCGUGUUCACUUUCUGAGAGUCUUGACUAGUUCUGGCCAACUUUCUCCCUUGCUCCCUCCCGGCCGCUGGCAAGACUGGACGUUACGGAACGCCGCUUGGCUGGCUUUCGUCCUUCGCUCGUGGUAGGGUGGGCACUAGCGUCCCGUCGUCCCCUGAACUCCGACUACGAUCCCCAAGGAGCGGAAGCAUGAGGCGGAGUCGUUCGGACUUGGGGGAGUCCUCGGCGGCUAACGGCGAGCUAAGCUAAGCUAACGCUACUCCAUCUCGACCGCUUGUUUGACUGGCUUCUCGGGCCAAAAGUUUGAAAGUCGUCGACAUGGACGAAGCGGACUCGCUGGACGGCGGAGCGGCGGAACCGAGCUCGGAGCCCCUGUUGGCGGCGGCCGGCGCGUGUCAGCAGCAAGGAUGGAUGCGCGUUCACGAGGUCAAGGGUCCAGCGGCGCACCAUCUUUCUUGUGGCCAGAGUCCAUAUUUGGACGCGGGCAUGUGGGAGAAGAAGUUUUGCGUGUUGACUGACAGCCAGCUGCUGCUUUUCAGCAACCACCAACAGAAUCCGCCGGAGAACUCGCCAGACCGCGCCCGCAACCUCCGCAGGACCGUCAGCGUCCCCUCGGAGGGGCACUUCCAGGACUGUCCAUCAAACGGUGCACUCAUGUUAGAAUCGCCGUCCGAGCCAUCUCCCAGGAGGCGGAGCAUCCCGGGCCUGGCCAAUUCGGACAAAAGCGUCACCGUGGACGUGCCCUCCUCCUCGCCUUUCCGAGUGCCUGGCUUUUUCAGCAAGCGUCUAAAAGGUUCCUUUAAGAGGUCCAAAAGUCAAAGCAAACUGGAUCGAAACAGCAGCUUCAGACUUCCGCUAUUGAGAGCCGCUGAUGUCAACAGAUCUGGUGGACUCCCUCAGCUGAAGGAGUCCACGUCACGCGAAUCUUUGCCGAGUCCCAGCGGCGCUCCGGAGGUGGUGGAGCUCGAUGAGGAUGACGGCGUCACAGUUAGGCCUCUGCACGCCAGCGUUCUGGGUCGGGACUUCUGCUUUGAGGUGACCUCCUCGGGCGGCACCAGGUGCUUCAGCUGCUCGUCGGCAUCGGAGCGAGACAAGUGGAUGGAGAACCUGAGGAGGAGUGCGCAGCCUGACAAGGACAAUCGGCGCAGGACGGAACAUUUACUUAGACUGUGGAUCAUCGAGGCCAAAGACCUGCCCCCCAAGAAGAAGUACUUCUGCGAGCUGUGCCUGGACGACGUGCUGUAUGCACGUACCGGCGCCAAGACCCGGCGGGAACGGGAUGGCCCCUUCUGGGGCGAGUACUUGGCCUUGGCCGACUUCCCCGCUGCACGCAGCCUCACUGUGCACGUCUACCGAGACGCAGACAAGAAGAAAAAGGACAAGAACAACUACGUGGGCUUGGUCAACAUCCCCGUGGCCGUCGUGACGGGACGACACUUUGUGGAAAAGUGGUACCCGCUGAGCACGCCGGCCGGCGCCAAGGCAAAAGGUGGCGGGCCGUCCCUGCGCCUGAAGCUGCGUUUCCAGAGCGUAACCGUGCUGCCAAUGGAGCGCUACAAAGAGUUCGCCGAGUACGUCACCACCGCUUACGGGACGCUUUGCUCAGCCUUGGAACCCGUCAUCAGCGUCAAGAACAAGGAGGACAUGGCCGCCGCCCUGGUGCGCAUCCUGCACGCCACCGGGAGAGCCAAAGAUUUCUUGAGCGACACAGUGAUGUCGGAGGUGGAGCGCUGCGGUGAGCAUGACGUGCUGAUUUUCCGGGAGAACACGCUGGCCACCAAAUCCAUCGAGGAGUACCUCAAACUGGUUGGGCAGCAGUAUCUGCAAGAGGCGCUCGGCGAGUUCAUCAAAGCCUUGUACGAGUCUGACGAGAACUGCGAGGUGGAUCCCAACCGUUGCGCAGGUGCCGAGCUGGCCGAACAUCAAAGCAACUUGAAGAUGUGCUGCGAGUUGGCAUUCUGCAAGAUCAUCAACUCCUAUUGCAUGUUCCCCCGCGAGCUGAAGGAGGUGUUUUGGGCGUGGAAACAACGCUGCGAAGUGGGUGGUCAACCGGCGGGCAUUGGCCAGCGUUUGAUCGGAGCCUCGCUCUUCCUGAGAUUCCUGUGUCCCGCCAUCAUGUCGCCGUCACUCUUCCAGCUGACGCGGGAAUACCCCGACGAGCGCACGUCCAGGACGCUCACGCUCAUCGCCAAGGUCAUCCAGAACCUGGCCAAUUUCACCAAGUUUGGCGACAAGGAGGAGUACAUGGCCUUCAUGAACGACUUCCUGGAACGCGAGGGGUCAGGGAUGAGGCGCUUUCUGUCGGAAAUCUCUGACCCGGAAUGUCCGUCCGGCGCACCGGGAUUCGAUGGCUACGUGGACCUCGGGAGAGAGUUGGCACUGCUGCACGCACUUUUGGCGGACGUCGUCGCUCAGCUUGACAUGCGUGAAAAUUCCUUCCUGCAGGCCACGCGAGCCAAGCUUGGCCCACUGCCGAGGAUUCUGGGUGAUAUUUCACGCGGCCUGGCAGGCCCCGACGCCCGGCCGCGUCGCCUCGCCGACGACAUCAGUGCCAGCCUGUCGUCCGGUCUGCACAGAAUCUUUGACGAGUCCGCUGACGGUGUCUCAUGUCCUGACGUAAAUCCGUCAAUGUCUUCGGUGGUCACCAGAGGGGUGCGCCCCCCAUCGCCCUGCCAGCCUUCCUCAGUUGGCAUGCCGGCGUGUGGGCGAAGCGUCUCCUUGGUGGACCUUCAGGACCCCGCCCGGAGCCCACCAACAGAUUCCCGGGUACCUGCUGGACCCGCUCGAGUGCCGUUCGGAGAGGCCCAGCCUCAGAGCGCCCCACAGGUUCGUCGCCCGCUCGCCCCGCCCGUCGAGCGUCAAAACGGACCGCAGCCGCUUUCCUUCCGCAAUCCCGCCUACCAACUGGGCAAGCCAGCCUCCCCGGCGAGUAGCCCCGCCCCAUCACCGCAGGACUCCGGCACUGGCAGCUCACACGGUAGUCGGCGUGGGCGCCCGGGCGUCAGUCCGGACCAGUCGGCCCCCAUCGUGGUCGCGCCCCACCGGGGUGCCGCAGCGGGCACCGCCCACAUCGUCAAAGUGGAGCAGCAGAGUCGCGUUGCCAGCUCGGAGACCACACCGACUGACGGCCGGCCCUCUCCUGACGGGGCGCCGCCUUCUGCCAGCACACAGCGGGCGUCACCGUGCGCUAUGUCUCCCGUGGAGCGAACGGCUGCCUGGGUGCUUGGCAACGGCCAAUAUCACCAGGACCGCCAGCGGGGGAAACCUACGGAUGCUGAGAGUGGCGGCCCAGAGGAGGGAGGACAUUCGGACAAGUACGAGGUGGAGGUGUGGCACUUGCGGGAUCUCCUUCGCGCCUCCUGCCGCCGCCUGGAGGAGUACGAGCGCCGGCUGCAGGCGCAGGAAAUCUCCAUCGGCAACAUGCGCGCCGACUACACUGCUCGAUUGGACGCCAGCGAGGAGAGGCGGCGACGUGAGCGCCAACACAAGCAGCAGCAGAUCGACGAUAUCCUUUGCAGGCUGCUGGUGGUGGAGGAGGAGCUAAAACGCGACCACGCCGAAAUGCAGGCGGUGAUUGAAACCAAACAGGAUGUCAUCGACGCUCAGGAGCAGCGCAUCGCAUCUUUGGACGCGACAAACGCCCGCCUGAUGGCGGCGCUGACGCAGGUGAAGGAGCGCUAUGGCGCUGCGCCGCACUCACGCAACCCCUCCAAGCUGUCCAUCACCGAGAACGGAGAAUUCAAAAACAGCGGCUGCUGAUAGGUCAGGACCGGAGGAGGGGCCGAGACCCGGGUUUACUGUACGGGUGUUGAUGUUUGCGAAACCCAACUUUUGUAAUUUUUCUAAUGUUUGAUGUGUCUUUUAUUUUUUGAAGCGGUCGCGUUUCGAUCUGCUUGUUUCAAUGUUUAAUUUAUUUCUCCGCUUCCUGUUCAAGCUACUGAAGUGUGAAAGUUGAGGCUGUUGCAUCAUCUCUCAUGAAAAGUGACACUAAAGAAUGUAGAAUUCAAUUUUGAACUCUUGAUAGGGCACUCAUUGGCUGCUAUUGCCGACACAAGACGUCCGAUCCAUUUUGACUGGGAGGGGCGAAUGAACAUUCAUUCAUUCGCCCCUCCCAGUCAAAAUGGAUUAGUUGUCUAGCGCUGUCAAAAACACUAUAAGAUGAACAUUCAUAGCCAGAUUUCCCAUUUUAAAUCAAUCGGAUGUCUAUCAUUGUCAACGACAGCUAGAGUCAAAUACUAUGGAGGGAAAAAAUAUAUAUAUUUCAGCGCGUUUUCGGAGACUGUGACCAGAGUUUAUUUCAUUUUGUUCAUUUUAAUUUGCCUUAUUUUGUUUUUAUUAUCAUGUUAUUCUUUAUUUAUCAUUGUAUUUGUGCAUAAACAUUUAAAUGAAUAAGA